AUGUGUCAUCUCAGAUUUGGAAAAAAUGUCGGACAUGUUUCGGGUUUUUUUUUUUUUUCUUUCCUCGAGCUGCAACUGAGAGUUUAUCUGUUGGGAACCGACGGAACAAACUCGCCCGACCUGCUGCUCAGGUUGGUCAGGCUGGAUGUUUUCUUCGCGGUAUUUGCUAGAAACUCUUAGCGCAGACGGACGGGACAGAAAUAGCGUCCGUCCACCUCCUCGGUUAUAUUUGGAGCGAGCGCGAGCGCCCAGGCUGCUGGCUGGAAAGAGAAACAUUUCCUGAUUUAUUGCGUCUCGCGCCCAGCAGAGAGGAAACCAGACCGCGAGAAGAAACUUCCAUCAAGGGAUGAGAUUUUCCCUCAACUCUAUUGAGUUUAAGUUAGUCUGUGUUGCAGUGCCGCAGUGCUCUCUUCGGUACUGUACAGUGACAUGAAGUGGAUAUAAGUGAAAUGCGACGGCGUUCUAGAAAGAAGAGUGCAGUUCUGGGAGUUCUGCUACUCGUCACUGUCCUGUACUACUUCUAUCCGUUCGAAUUCCUCCUCACGGGUUUGACUAGACCGCCUCCAAAGCAACUGAGCUGGCAGGUGGAGAGGCUCGUCAGUAAGGAGUCCUGGGCGGAGCAGGGAGAUUAUCUGCCUCUCAAUGUGUCCUAUCAGCUGCUGGCAGGAACGCCAUCGACUCAGCAGAAGUUCCUAACCAUCGGAAUGUCGUCAGUCAAGCGGAAGAAGGGCAGCUACCUGGUUCCCACGCUGCAGUCGCUCUUCUCUCAGUCGUCUCCUGAAGAGCGCUCCUCCAUGGUGGUGGUGGUGCUGAUCGCAGACUUCGACGUUCACUGGGUAACCAGUACCGUCAGGGAAAUCAACUCAACGUUUGCCUCUGAACUGGACCGAGGUCAGCUUUUAGCCAUCCACGUGACCCAGAAGUGGUACCCUCCUCUGACAGGCUUGAAGAGGAACUACGACGACGCUCCCGACCGGGUGUCGUUCCGCUCCAAGCAGAAUGUGGACUACGCCUUCUUGAUCCACUACAGUGCAGGUCUGGGCCAGUACUACCUCCAGCUGGAAGACGACGUCUUUUCAGCGCAGAACUUUCUCACCACUAUUCGGAGGCACAUUGAGGAGCAAAACACAAAAAAGGGCACCUGGGCGAUGUUGGAGUUUUCAGCCCUUGGUUACAUCGGGAAACUCUACAAGUCCUCCGACCUUCCUCUUCUGGCUCGCUUCCUUUUUCUCUUUUACCAAGAAAUGCCUUGUGACUGGCUGAUGUCUCAUUUCCGACAGCUGAUGACCCAAAGAGAGACCAUCCUCUUUAAACCCUCGCUAUUCCAACACAUGGGCACUUUUUCGUCAUUCCAGGGAACAUACAACAAGCUAAAGGAUAACAACUUUGAAGAGGGGCUGUACACCAAUCCCUCAGCUGAAGUUUAUUCAAACAUUUCCACCUACCAGAAGAAUUUCCCCAAACUGGCCUGGGCUCCCGGGGAGGGCUUCUUCUGGGGACGCUCUCCAGAAAGAGGAGAUCAUUUGACGGUGGUGUUCCAGGAGCCGGUGGUGGUGACGGGGAUACUGGUGGAAACGGGAUCAGGAGGAAAGGACCUCCUGGAGUCCGGUCAGGUGGAGCUAGGCCAAGAUGUACUCACUGCAGCGAUAAAGAGCUGUAAAACCUUCCAGUCACUGGGAGCUUUUAUGAAUGGGAAAUUUGAGAUGCGAGAGGUAGACAAACUGCGCGGCUCUGCCUCUUCAUGUCUGAGGAUAUCGGUGACAGCCGGGCAGAAAGACUGGGUGAUCGUUCGGAAAAUAAGAAUCACAACGAAGUCCAGCGCAUCCUGACGCCAAACGUAGCUGGUCUGUCUGUCUUCCAGCCUGACUAACAUUUGACUUUCCAGUUGGAGUCAACAUGCAUGUUACGAAACAUCGACAUCGACCGUGCCUCAGUGGAGCUGCUUCCAACCUGGAGUUGUUUGACCAAAGCAAACAAUGUGCAGUGAUUAGAUAAGCCAUAGCAGAUAAGCAAGCAAAUCCAUUUGGUCUUUGUGUUUCUUAUUGUAGGACUCUGCAACAUUUUUCGUUUUUUUUUAUGCUCCAUUUUCCUCUAAACCUUUUUACUUAAAGUAUAAAUCACUUUUUGCAAAUGUUUUCUUGCAUCACAUUUUCUAGAAGGAAACCCGUGCUACCUCACACAUCAAAUGUGUCAUUUUCUUGGACCAAGGCUUGUGUGCAUCAGUCUUUAUUUAUAUGUAAAACCCUCAAAUCUAUCUGCUCGUAAUAUCUAUCAGAGUAGCUGCGUUUCCAUUGACUAUAUGAUUGCGCAAUUUGACAUAUCGAAAAUAAAUUUGCUGCUUCAGAAAUACAGGUUUAUCACCAAACAUUUUGGUUAAUAGAAAACCAUUUUUUUUUGCAUCACACAAGUCACAUGGUCAGUAAGUGGAUAUCACCAUCGGCAGAAACCGCAAAGAUGACAACAGGAAGUAGUAGAAGGAUAAUGCAGUGCUCAUGUGUAAUUUUAGUUGCGUUUCUUAUUUAGUAGAAACACUGCAAUUGCGAAAUUGUCUUGUUUUCAAUAUUAGUGGAAUAUUAACAAGGUAUUGGGCACAUUUCUAAUGGAAACACAGCUACUGUCAGGCUAUGAGUAGUUGUUUUCUUUUUUGUUUUUUUUCCAGUCAAAUGAACUGUUAUCGUUUAUCUGAACUGUUUCAAGGCAACAGAUGUGUGGCCUGAGGCAGGAGUCAUUAGGAAAUGUGUUUUCUGACCAAAGCUGUUAUUUAUGCAAAGGUGUGAGUUUGUCGGACAGCAAAAACUGCUGCUAAAUGUCCUGCUACCCAAAACCAUUAAAGUUAUGCACCAACUGGUUACUGGUA